AUGCCUGUGCUCAAUGGCAGCCACUACCAGCCACCCUUCUUCCUUCUUUCAGGAAUUCCAGGGCUGGAGGAUGCUCAUGUCUGGAUCUCCAUCCCAUUGAGCAUCAUGUAUGUGAUUGCCAUCUUGGGGAACAGCAUCAUCAUUCACAUAAUAUACAAGAAUCCCAGCCUUCACGAGCCUCAAUAUAUAUUCUUGUCCAUGUUGGCAGCGACGGACACAGGCAUGUCAGCCUCUACACUGCCCACUGUACUUAAUGUCUUUCUUCUCAACCACCGAGAGAUUGCGUUCCAUGGCUGCUUGGUACAGAUGUUCUUUAUCCACACCUUCUCGUCCAUGGAGUCAGCCAUCCUGCUGAUCAUGGCCUUUGACCGCUUCAUGGCAAUUUGCAACCCACUGCGCUAUACUGCGAUCCUGACCCACUCCUGCAUUGCUCAGAUGGGGCUAGCUGCUAUGGCUCGGGGUGUGGCAUUGAUGGCCCCCUUACCCAUCCUGCUCAAACGGCUUCCUUUCUGUAAAAACAUCAUCUUGUCUCACUCUUUCUGCUUCCAUCCUGAUGUGAUGAAGCUAGCUUGUGGGUCUAUUCGCGUCAAUAUCAUCUAUGGGCUGGCUUUGGUCCUCUGUUCCUUUGGUGUUGACUCUGUCUUUAUUGUUCUGUCUUAUGCUCUGAUCCUGAGGACGGUCCUGGGCAUUGCUUCCAGGGAGGGACGUCUAAAGGCACUCAACACUUGCGUCUCCCAUAUUCUCACUGUCCUCAUUUUCUAUGUUCCACUUAUUGCCUUAGCUCUAAUCCACAGGAUAGGCAAGUACCACUCCCCUCUGCCACAUGUCACCAUGUCCAAUAUUUUCCUCUUCCUCACACAGGUCCUCAACCCAUUGGUUUACAGUGUGAAAACAAAACAAAUCAGGAGUGUGCUGUGUAGAUUGUUUGCACUUAAGGUAGCAUGA